ACUGAGCGACCAGUGUGGAGGGAACUGGCACCCGAUUCGCAUCUAUCUCCCACAUUUACACACACACUUUAUUUUACCAUCUACACCAAAUAACCAAGCCAAUCGUAUAGGAAAAUACAUAGCACGUUCUUUCAUUCUUCACUUUUUUUAUCUCUUUCCCCUCAAGAGAAAGUUAUCUGAUUGGAUUGGAUCUGAUUUGGUUUGGCACACAAGUAGUAAAAAAAACAUUGGGCUAGUUAUCACAAAAGUCGUGUUACAAGAAUUUCUCCUUACAUAUUUGAAGGAUUAUAAGAUUAGAUCACAAGGACCGAGUGAGACAAAAACUCGACAAUACGAUUUCUUCGCCACGCAAAUAUUUUUUGGCAACAUAUUCAACCCUUGUUUCUAUUUUAUCCAAAAAAUAAUUUGAGGAGUGACUAUGAACUGAAGCUAUUGCCUAUUAAUAAGGCACCCAUUUUGUAAAAACGGCUUUCGAACGGUGCCACAAACGCCCGGGUUUUUCCUCUCCUCUUGAAAAAUCCCAGAGUGAAUCAACCUCAACAACCCCAAGGCUAGAUUUUACCACCACAGAAAGCGAUACAAAUCAAGAGGAAGAAAAAGGAGACCUUGCAUUCAAGAAGAUGAUUCCUUCACGUCUCCAACGUUCCGAUACGGCAGCGAUGUCACAAACUCCACCCCGACCACGGACCGGGCGACGUCUCAGUCUCCAACCGCAACCCAGUUUGCAGCCCAGUUUAAGUCCACCGUCGUCAAGGUUUAGGAGAUCACCCAGCCCGACGCCACCAAAAGCGAGGACGACGGCAUCCACGCCGACGAAAGGACCCAGCAAACUUGGUUAUAAGGUUAUGAUGCUGGGUUCAGCGAGGGUGGGCAAAACGGCGAUAAUUCAACGAUUUCUGUAUGACACUUGGACAGGAAAGUAUAGAAGGACGGUGGAAGAGAUGCACCGGGCAGACUUUCCAAUUGGAGGUGCUUCACUGACAUUAGACAUCUUGGACACGUCAGGAUCGUAUGAAUUUCCAGCCAUGAAAACGUUAAACAUUGCAUCGUCCAACGCCUUCAUUAUUGUUUAUGCUGUUGAUGAUGACACGUCUUUCGAUGAGAUGUUAACAUUGCGUAACCAAGUCGUGCAGUCGAAAGGAGACGGAAUUCCCUUGGUGGUUGUUGGAAAUAAAACAGAUUUAGAUUCCGAGGAACAUCGCGUUGAUGAGAAUCAAGCACAAAAAGUUGUCAAUCGAUGGAAUCAUGGUUUUGUCCUAUGCUCCGCCAAAACGGGAGACAGGGUCACAGACGUGUUCAAGGAACUCCUAACUCAAGCGAAGGUUACGUAUCGACUCAGUCCGGCUUUGCGGAAACGACGCCAGUCUCUCCCUGGUGGAGUAGCAUCGGCAUCUGCGUCGACCUCAGUCGCACCCCCAGUACAUGUCCCAACCCCACAACAGCUCGCCGCACUCAGAGAUCGACACUCCAAGCGGAACUCUUGCAUAAUAUCUUGAGGACCACCGUGUAAAAUUCGACACCAACAUCACCACCACCUCCACAAAAAUACCAAAAAUAAUAAUUACUAACUAUUCGCACCCCCUUCAACUCAACCAAUUAAUUGUAGAAAUGGUUUCAUCCUUUGUUGUCAGGUGUCGAUAUACUGUUCACCUAACACCUAAUUGUUACAUUUGUCCUCCCCACUUUAAUAACGUGAAUAUACAUAUAAAUGUACAUACACUUGAUAUGAUACAAUAUACUGCUGGACCCCCACCAAUAAUGAUUAUCUGUAUUACAUAAUAAAUAUUACAUAUGGAAUAAUUAACACUCUGUAAAGUGUUAUAAAUCUGUACAUACACCUUCACAAGAUUAUGAUGAUGAUGAUACCACUUGUACGAAACCUUAUAAAUAAAUGUCAAAUAAAUAAUAGGUUUAAGCAUACAUUGUCAGAAUUUAAUAAACAUAAUAAAACACAUAACAUAGGA